AUGAUUAUUGAAAUGCGUCGUUUGAGUGUUGGCCUUUCAUGCCUGGCAGUAGGUCUAGCAAUUGCAGCAUUGAUUACAAGUUCGUGGGAUUGUGGGAAUCUGUUCUCCUCCUGUCAACGUACAUCGUAUAAAGAUACAGCAGCAGCUGUUGCUGGAUUAAUAAUAUUAGGCAUUGUUUGUCUACUAAUCAUAAUUAUAUUAGAUUCUGUUGCAUUUUGCUCUGAGGUAUUCGCCUCACGUGCUGCUUAUACAACUAUACGCUUUAUUAUCUUAUAUCUGGGAUCUGCUGCAUUAUUAAUCGGUGUUCUACGGUUACUGGGGCUGUAUUAGCAACUCAAGUUGCAAUACAAUCAAUUGUGACAUCGAAAUGUAUCACUGCACGCAGCAAUACAACAAGUACAAGAAUAAUCAGAGAAACUCGAAUUGCACAUCGGUAAAACAAAUAAACAAACAAGUGAAUGCAAAAAGUAUUUUAACUAUAAUAUACA